AUGGUGGAUCAACCCGUAUACACGCUCCACUACUUCCCCUUCUCUCUGUACUCGCUCAUGGUGCGGUUCGGCUUCGUGCUUGGGGAGUCACUUAACCCUAACACGGCGCCGAAGCUGAAGGUUAGGCUGGUCAACUUGCACCGGGGAGACCACCUCUCCGAACCGUAUCUGACACUGGUGAAUACCAAGGGCCAGGUCCCUGUACUGACUUCGCCUCAUUUACCAGCUUCCCUGGACGACGGUCAAUCUGUUGCACUAUGGCUCUGCAAAGAACAGCCGGAAUUGGUGCCGGAAGAGCAUGAGGAAGUCAUCUCAUACCUUAUGGACAAAAUUUAUUCCCUCCAAGCCAUCUCGCUGGUGUUAUCAGAAGAGAACCAGCAAUAUGGCUUCCCUAACGAAGCGGCAGCAUUGCUCGAGAAAAAUGGCCUGUCUCCAAAGUACCGACGGGCCCUUGAAAUCAACAGUAUCUUCCAUGAAUUCACUCACAGCAGUUCUCUGGAUCCGGAAAACGUCGCCGAGGCAGAAGAAGGGGCGCUUGAAUUCAUGCAUGACCUGGUCGAGGUGUUCAAGGAACACAACCAGGGAAAGACGUGGAUAUUCGGGGAUCAGCCUACCAUUUUGGACGCACACGUAGCGGCCUUGGCAGCGCGGUUAAUGGACGUGGAUCGGAGUGAUUUGUUACCCGAGGAAGUGCGAGCGUAUGCACGCUCAGUCAUUGCGACGCCCGAGUGGAACAGGGUCACAAGCGGAAGGCCAACCGUCUGGGACGAUUCGUUAGGGAAGGUGGAAGACUUUAGGUCAAUGUGA